AUGUCGCAGGAUCAGAGUCGGAUUUACAUUCCUGGAAAUUCCAAAUCAGCCCCAACCCCGCAGAAACAAUAUGAAACGAGUCCUUCUCAACCCGCUAUUGUCGCUUAUCGAUCAGCAGCACCUAGUGGACAGCAGCAGCAGCAACAGCAGCAGAACUACCACCAGCAGCAGCAGAGAGCACAGCCUCGUUACUCGACCGAACAGCAACAAAGACAACAGGGGAGGGAGACCACGUCAAGCACUCAUCCUUCCAUGCAGAGUGACAGGUCUAUAUACAUUGGCUUCGACCCAUCGUAUGAUUACGGUGCCGGCACUGGCGCUGUUAAUAAUGAAUCCUCCGGUGUAAUCCCACGGUUUCCAAAACCAGUCCCGAAUCAACAGCAGCAGCGGCAGCAACAGCAGAGAAGUUCAGCUGAUACCGUCCCUCAACCUCCGCCUCCACCGCCGCCGCCGCAACCGUCAUCUCGUCGGACGGCAGCGUCGUCGUUUUAUUCGCAGCAAACAACCAUGCAGGUAUCACCGAUCCCUGAGGAACCCAGCCUAUCCCGACACGAUUCGUACGCCUCCAGUGCCGCCAUCCCAUCCGGCUGGGAUCCGGACGAGGCGGACUCCUUCUCGAGCGACGAACACGACAAUGCGCUGCCGAUCCGACACGACAGGCAGGAUAACGAGCCGUCGCUGGUUCGCCAGGCAAGUCUGGGAAAGAGACACAAGCCAACAAUGACCGAGAUAAGGAGUCCCGAGCGGUCCAGGAGCCGUGCGGGCACCACUUCCGCUGCCGUUAUUGCUUCUGCCGCUGGUUCUGCGACGAGGAAAAACUCUCCUCCCCAGACAACGAUGUCGUCCGGAUCAGGAGCGGUGCCGAAGGUAUCGCCGCCAGCUUCGAUUACGACUCCAUCGCCGCUCUCUCAGCCGCCGCUAGCUGCCGACAGCGAGUACUUUCCGGGUUCUCAACCCGGCCCGAGUAGCAGUCGGGUUCCCGGCAGACGUGUACCGCCAAGGCUGAAUAUGGAUGCGGUGAGGGACGCCGAGGCAAGAGGGAGUCUGACGAGUUUGCCCGACCUGAUCCGAAGGGCCACCAAGCUGGCGGCCGUGUUGGAAACGGGACGGCCGGGGAGCACGGCGUGGGGUGGGAGGGGUAGCUUCUUCGGGUUCAAUACCGAGUCGUCGACGAAUCGCAGCCGCGACAGAGAGACGGACUCGAUCUCGGAUAUCCUCGCCUCGUUUCCUCCGCCAGCUCUCGGUGGCCCGCAAACUUUCCCGCAGAGGAUGUCGCAAUGGCCCGCAUCCGGCGUCGACGGAUACGACGACAAUGGUUCGCUGCGACCGGUCAAGAGCGGACGACGCAUCUGCGGACUCCCGCUCUGGGCCUUCAUCAUCCUCGUGAUCCUCGGCCUAGUCGUGAUCACGGCAGCCGUGGUCGUGCCGAUCCAGCUGGUCAACAUCAACAAGACGCGCAACGCUUCGACCAAUAGCAACGCCAGCAUCCUCGCGCGGUGCAAGGAAAGCAACCCGUGCCAGAACGGCGGCGAGAACAUCGCCAACAGCGACCUCUGCAGCUGCAUCUGCACCAACGGCUUCACCGGCGCCUCGUGCGAGACCAAGGGCGAAGACUCGAGCUGCACCAGCUUCGACUUCGCCGACCAGGGCGGCGUCGAGGGGAUCAAGAACGCCACGAUUGGCUCCGCUCUGCCGCGACUGUUCAACAAGUCGCAGGCGUCGUACGAUAUCACGCUCGAUCCCUCCCUGAUCCUCGGCGUCUUCAGCAAGGGCAACCUCUCGUGCACGCUGCAGAACGCGCUGGUCAGCUUCAACGGGCGCACGGAGCCCACCACGACCACGGCGACACGGCGGCGAUCACGGCGGCAGCUCCUCACCGACACAACGCUGCCCGUGGUCCCCACUGCGACUGCGACUGCGGCUGGCACUCCCAGCGCCAGCGCCGCCGCGUCCCGCGAAGUCGCGCUCGACCAGGAUGCGGUCGAUUUUGCGCGCGUCGCCGUGCUGUUCCUGGCACAGACGGAGGACAUUGCUACCGCCGAAGCGGCCCACCAGGCUCUCGACGAUGGGUUUGGCCGCGGCAAGGAUUUCGGAAACGUUACUACCGGCGAUAUAACGUUUCGUCUCGACGAUAGGAGUGUCGUGUUAGAUGAUGGGAGUGUUGUUGGUGGUGUUUGA